AUGAAAAACGAUUCACCUUCAACAAGUUCAGAUUCUUCAAGUAACAUUAAUAGUCUUAAUCUUUCUUCAUCUCAGACGGCAGCAUCAUUGUUAUUAAAUCAUAAUGCCCUUGGAGCUGCAGCCGCAAUUUCACAACAAGAUUUGAAAACAAAAGAAUUAGCUCAAGCUUUACAAGAUUUUUCAUACUAUCCACCAUUAGAUCAUAAUUCUGUAUCUGUUGGAAAUGGGUCAAAUACCAUAAGAAAUAUGGUAGAAUCAGGAGAUUAUCUAUUUUUAGAUGAAUCAUUUAAAAAGAUGCGAAAUGAUUCUAAUGGUAAUGGUAGUCAACAAAUUUUUAAUUCAUCUGCCAUGAAUUCUUCAGUACCUCAAACUCCUGCAAGUGAUUAUAGAAGACGGCAUCGCACUACUUUUACCCAAGAGCAACUUGCUGAACUUGAUAACGCCUUCCAAAAAUCUCAUUAUCCUGAUAUUUACGUUCGUGAAGAAUUGGCAAGAAUAACUAAACUUAAUGAAGCUCGUAUACAAGUGUGGUUCCAGAACCGUAGAGCAAAACAUAGAAAACAAGAAAAACAAAUACAAAAGGCAUUAGUUGGACAAGCUAAUCCAAUGGCUACCAAUCGUUCAGCAGCUGACUCAUUUUGGUAUCAACCAUAUCCUGUAGCAAGACAAAUGGGUUACCCUACAGCAAAUAUGUCUUAUGGAACAGCAACAGGAACAGGAGCAUUUGGAGCUGGAAUGCCAAGCGCAUCAAUUGGUACAUUUGGGGCAGAUAUGACAGAAGACUUUUAUCAAAAAAGUUUAGCAUUACGAAUGAGUCAAACGGGAGCAGCUAAUUUACAAUAUCAAAGCUGA